UUGAUAAAGGAACAAAACAUCUCCAGAUCUCCAGAGUUUAAGGUUGUCAGAUAAUUUGCACGACAAUGAGCUCACAGGCAGAGGAGAAAUCGUCGCAUAGUGAGAAAGAACAUAAAAGAAAAUCUCAAACUGGUGAAGAUGUCAACCCAGAACGUGUUCAUUCAGCAAACAAUUGGGAAAGUGUGGAUCUUGGAGGUGAUGAAAGGAAAAAGAAAUUUUUACGUUUGAUGGGUGCAUCUAAAAAAGAUCACCAUGGCAAAAUAAUCAUUGGAGACCAUGAAGCUGUCCAUACCAGAUCAAAGAAUGAAAAUGUACAUAUUACUGAAGACUUAGAAGAACAGUUUAAUCAGGGACUAGAGCAUAAGCUAGCCAGUGGGUUCAAAGGUCAUUUAGGGCUGGGGUUUCACAAGGAGGAGGAGAAGAAAGAGGGAGAAGAAAGCAAGGAAGGCGAAGAGAGUGGAGUCACAGCAAAGGAAGAUAACUCCGGGGAGGACAGUGUUCCAGACACAAAGAGUGCAGAGGAAAGUGAAAAUUCUGAAGAAUCACCACAAAAACACAAACUAGAGAAUAAUGAGAAAAAAGACGAAAGUGUGAAAAAGAAAAUGAAGAUGAAUUUUGUUAAAGCGAGUUCAUGAAACUUUUUGAAAAAAAUUGUUUUAGAAAAUGAAAAAGCAUAAAUAGAAACAGUUAACUGUGACCUCAGAUUUGUUCGACGGUCAAGUCCCGUGAUAUGUGUUUUGUUAUUGACAAUGAAUGACAUGGUUUUAUUCUUAGAUAAUGUUGAAGGACUUGUGCACUAUGAUAUAACUACAGCAGUAUGUUUUUGCGCUGAAGUAUUAUUCAAACCAUGUCAUACAAACAAAAUGUGUAUCAUUAAAUGCCAUAAUUUGUUACAUUGAAUCAUAAAUUGCUUAGCAAUGUCAUUUUGCAAUUAAAAAAUUCAUCUCUGGUU